AGGGUCCUAGCGACGGUCUUAAUGUCAUAUGCCUAGGCCGGCGCUGAGGGAGAGACAGAGGGGCCGGCGUUGAAAGAGAGAGACAGAGAGAGAGAUGAAAGAAAUACAGUUGUCGUUGAAUCAAACGCAGAAGCUGAGGCUAGAGAGGGCAUUGGAGCGGUUGGAAUCAUUGUCGUCGAAGGCAAACCCUAAUGCUUCCGUCACCGUCGCCGACACUAUCCCCGUCAACUAUGAAGACGGAGUUCUCAAGGGGCACGGGACGUCCGAGCUUGAUGACCAAGUGGUUGCGACGUUGUGUGGAGUGGUUGAGCGUGUCAACAAGCUCGUCUACGUUCGUGCUUUGAGGGCCAGUGAAUUAAUUGACUUGAUCUUUGAUUCUUUUUGUCAAUCUAAGGUUGCUCCCAAGCGCUGGAGAUUGGAGAUAAAUUUUAGCCAAGAUGCAGUAUUGAUGCUUUCUUCAAUGAACUUGCCGGAUGGCGUCCAGAGGCGGCGAACUGCAGUUGAUGAACUCAACAUGUGCACCAUUUUUGAAGAGAAUGAUGUUAUUUGUGUAAGUUCUCUGGCUCUAGCAGUUUUUGAGGAAGCUGAAGUUCGUGGUUUUCAGCAUGAUGGCAGCUUACACCUGCAAGCAAGAAGCCAAAAGUAUGGAAAGCUUGAGAGAGGUCAGUUGCUCACAAUUUCCCCCUAUCUGGUGAAGAGGCAGAAACAACAUUUCCACCACCUAGAGGAGUGUGGAAUUGACUUGGUACUUGGAUGUAACGGGUUCAUCUGGGUUGGUGAACAUGUUGAAAGUAAAGAUGACGCGGUAGAGGACCAAGCAAACAAAUCUGAGCAACAGAAUUCCAAAUCAACAAGUUCAACAAAUCUUGAAGAACGAGAACAAACUUGCACACAACUGGAGAUUAGGCAAAAUAUAUGCAGGAUGGCAAAUGCAGUCAGAGUAUUGUCCAAUUUGGGCUUCAAUAUUACUGUAGAAGUGAUCAUGGAGACUGUUAACUUGAGUAGCUCUCUGAAUCUUGAUAUACAUGAGAUGCUUGGAGCAGAGUUCUGUGUUCUGACUGCCGAGAGAGAAGCAGAACGUCGAAGCAUGUUGACGCAAAAGAAGGGGUAA